AUCAGUGAGAGGAGUUCAAGCCAAGCUCUGCAGACUGCAUCCUCAGAAGUCCAAACCGGGCAGCCCCAAAGAGCCAGCGAGAGAAUGGAAUGACCGGUGGGGCUCUUCUGGGUCGGAGGUUCCGGACGUGCUGUGUGGCCCUGGGGUGUCUCUGGUCAGAAGAGAACAAGCAGAGUCAAAUGGCAGCGAGGGCUGUUUCCUGGGUUGGAGACAUGCAGCAGCCUGCAGUCAGAGAGCUGUAAGGGCCCCAGCUGCUGGGAAAGUCAGAGGAGCCAAGAGGACCCGAUCGGACAGUGUGUUCCAGCAAACAGCAGCAUCUGGAUCUUUAUUCACUGGGGGAUCACUGACUAAGGUCCUGUGGUUAAGGAAUCUCUCCUAUGGUUCCCAGACCUUUGAAAGUUCUGUCCACAGUGCAGUGAAGAGAGCAAGGAAGAGAAGGAAAGGGGAGAAAAGUCAGGAAGUGACAUAAUGUUCCGGAAAAAGAAAAAGAAACGUCCAGAAAUCUCUGCCCCGCAGAACUUCCAGCACCGUGUGCACACGUCCUUUGACCCAAAGGAAGGCAAGUUUGUGGGCCUCCCUCCACAAUGGCAGAACAUCCUGGACACCCUGAGGAGACCCAAACCUGUGGUGGACCCUUCACGCAUCACCCGGGUCCAGCUCCAACCCAUGAAGACGGUGGUCCGAGGCAGCACCAUCGAAGUGGAGGGCUACAUUUCUGGGCUGCUCAACGAUAUUCAGAAACUCUCUGUCAUUAGCUCCAACACCCUGAGGGGCCGGAGCCCCACCAGCAGAAGGAGAGCCCAGUCGCUGGGGCUCCUGGGGGAUGAACGAUGGGGCCCAGACACAGACAUGUACCUUCAAAGUCCCCAGCCUGAGAGGGCUGACCCUUACGGUAUCUACCUCAACUGCAACGGGGGAGCCAAAGCAGGCAGGAGAGAGAUGAUGUGGCCGGAAUACCAAGCUGACCAGACCCAGCCUAAUGGACUGGUGAUGAAAACCCAGUCCCUAGGGCCUGCAGAGUUCCAGGGAGCUGCUCAGCGAUGCUUACAGCUCACCUCUUGCCUGCCCAGUCCACCCCUAGGGAUCUCCCCUGUGCCGACCUCAAGCAGAGGCGGCAAGGUUGGAAGGCAGAAUUCAGAGGACAGAAGACCCCAGUCCUGCCUGGUGGGCCCAGCUGGGGGCAGGCCCAGUGGGGAGGGCAGCCCCAGCCCCAAGACUCAAGAAAGCGGCUUGAAGAAUAAGCUUUUCCGUAGCAUGUUCAUAUCUGAAGGCAGCAGCAAGCCAGCCCCCGCUACAAAGAGCAAGCCCAAUUCCCUCUUCCGAUCGCUACAGAAAGACUCUCCCCCAGGCCUGUCAGCCAAGGCUCAGUCUUUGCUCCCUGACCAGUCCGCGGGGGAUUUCAAUAACCCGAUGGUCUCAGAAACCAGCAGCCCCCAGAAGUCCCUACGGACAGCUCCAGCAGCGGCCCCGCCCCCUGGCCGGCCCUCCCCCGCAGGCUCCCCCCGAACGCGGCACCCCCAAACCAGCGCCAGCAACCUGCACCUCCCCCAGGACCCCGCCACGGCCAAGGCCCUGGUGACGGCCGGAGAGGAGCCCGGCAUCGUGACCCAUGAACAAUUCAAGGCAGCCCUAAGGAUGGUGGUGGACCAAGGAGACCCCCGGCUGCUGCUGGAGAGUUACGUGAAGAUCGGGGAGGGUUCCACCGGCAUCGUCUGCCUGGCCCGGGAGAAGCACUCUGGGCGUCAGGUGGCCGUCAAGAUGAUGGAUCUGCGGAAACAGCAACGCCGGGAGCUGCUCUUUAAUGAGGUGGUGAUCAUGAGAGAUUACCAGCACGUCAACGUGGUGGAGUUGUACAAGAGCUAUCUGGUGGGUGAAGAGCUGUGGGUGCUGAUGGAGUUUCUGCAGGGCGGUGCCCUCACUGACAUUGUGUCUCAAGUCAGGCUGAAUGAGGAGCAGAUUGCUACUGUGAGUGAAUCAGUCUUGCAAGCCCUUGCUUACCUCCACUCUCAGGGUGUCAUCCAUCGAGAUAUCAAGAGUGACUCCAUACUCCUCACCCUUGAUGGAAGGGUGAAACUCUCAGACUUUGGAUUCUGUGCCCAGAUCAGCAAAGAUGUUCCAAAAAGGAAGUCCCUGGUUGGCACUCCCUACUGGAUGGCUCCGGAGGUGAUCUCAAGGUCCCCAUACACCACCGAGGUGGAUAUCUGGUCUCUGGGCAUCAUGGUGAUUGAGAUGGUGGAUGGGGAGCCCCCAUAUUUCAGCGACUCUCCAGUGCAAGCUAUGAAGAGGCUCCGGGACAGCCCUCCACCCAGACUGAAAAACUCUCAUAAGGCCUCCCCAGUGCUUCGAGAUUUCCUGGAGAGGAUGCUGAUCCGAGAUCCCCUGGAUCGAGCUACCGCCCAGGAGCUGCUAGACCACCCCUUCCUGCUGCAGACAGGACUUCCUGAGUGUCUGGUGCCUCUGAUUCAGCUCUACCGAAAGCGUACCUCCACCUGCUGAGCCCUGCUAGUAGUGUCCACCAGCCUCCCAGACCCUGCUAUUUUGGGGACACAGGAUGGAGGAAGCACCAGCAGCCUUCCAGGCAGACUAGGAACAGUUCCUGCAUCAUCUCAGUAUUUUCUCCAAAGACUGAAUGUGAAAUGAUUCCCCAACCGACCCAGGUCCCAUUGCCCUUUGGUCCAAUGUGCCAACUAGGAUUUCUCUCCUUGCCCUCCUCCCCAAGAGAGACACUACUUGUCUUUGGGAAUACUGAGACAACUCUUGGCAGGAUGACUUUUGGGGAAUUCUCCAGUACACAUCCAAUUCCUUGUACAGAACUGUUUCUGAGGAACCCCAAAGACCAGAAUAGUUUUAUAUGAGGUCCACCAGACUCUCCAAGGUGAAAGCCAGUUCUUCCUAACUCUUAUCUCCACAUGGGACUUCAUUACACCAAAACCAUGUGCUCUAGUGCACCAAACAUAAACCAUAUGUAUCUCUGGUUAGAACUUGUUUGGGGAAAGAUUUUAUAACCAGAAGACCUAUUUCCCUCCCUUAUGCCCAACUACUUGGGGAUAGAGGGUGAGGAAGGGCAUGGAUAUCCUACCAUAAUCUAUGUCCCGGUUCUGCAUAAAUCCCCCCCUACAAUCUGGGUGCUGCUCUGCCUCGGGGCCAGAAACAGAAUCAACCUUCAGCUGAAAAAAAAAAAAAAAAGAGCUUUUCAGUGGGAAACUUUGUCUCAGGAGAGAAUGUGCUCUAGAACAAAGGGCCAACUCCCUCUAAGAAUUGGAGGAAGUAUUCAGGGAGCCUUUGGCUCUGGUUAGAUCCCAAAGCCAGGAUCAAUAAUACCAGCCCCAUCCUCAUUCCCAAAUAAUUUAGUUCCUAAGGGACUUCUUCCUCUUUGCCUCCCAUCCUCUAAGUCCAAACUAGGUUCCUGGCACAUCUGCACUUAGGCCUAGUGGAAAUGAGGUGACUCGACUUUAGGGAUCCUUUCAGAAGUUGUCCUGUUUCUUGAGUACUCUCAGACUUCAGAAGGCCAGAGCCAGGAGUGGGCAGAAAGCAAUGGUCAGGUAACUGGAACUUAGUUUCACCUGUGAAUUUCACAAAUAGAACCCCUUCCCCCACCCCAAGCCAGGUAACCAAACCAUCGUGGUUCAAGGCCUUCCAGGUCUCAUUUCAACAGCUCAUGAAGACCAUCCCAAGGGUGAGGGUCUCAGAACAAUUCACUUUCAUCUGCCUCCUUGGGCACUUCAAGAAAUACUAAGGCAGCACUUGCCAUGCCUAGGACACAGUCCUAGGCUAGGAGCUCCCGCUCCCCAUCAUCAAGGCUGUUGAAGGCAGGCAUCUCCAAGAAACUGUUUUGUUGGAUCCCUGUCCCACUCAGAAGGUAUUUUCUGAUUCCAGUGUUUCCCAAAUAACCCACUUUAGGGCAAGAUGGCAGAGUGCUUUUUUUUUUAAAAAGGUCAGAAUUGGAAACUGAUCAUCCUUCCUAGAGAACUUUUGUGAAUUGUUUGCACUUGUUUCCUGUUUUAAAUUAAAAUGGGUGUUCUUAAA